CAGGCGGAUCGUCGGAGCGUUGUUGCCAAGCCGCCUCACCUCGUUCGUUCCGAGAUGGUUCGACCCGUUGGCGAUACAGCGACUCCCCUCUAUGCAGCAAUAAUAAUGGCGUCAGGGACCGUAGAACGUUGCCAGCUCACCCAACCGAGCAGCUGAAAGACGGCAUACGGUCGAAAUCGAAAAACAGGACGUCUUGCUUCUGUCAGUUUUCUUCCCAGUCGGCGUUCUGUUAGUUGUAGUGCACAUCGCAGUGGUCCCGUUCAGUACGUUUUCACGUGUGUGAACGGCACAGUGUAUUUUUUUCCGGAAGCAAUUUCACAUCUGGAUACAACGAUCAUCUUGCGCGUUUACACCGUUAUUUUUUGGGAUUAUUUACACACGUUCGAAAAUGCCCUCCCCGAUAUAAGCAACCGGAAAAUGUCGCUAGUGAGAUGGAAACCACUCGCCGAUUGAACCACUUCUCAGCGCUUCCCCUAUGGAUACUCUUCGUCUACCUACUAAGCUGCGCGGAUGCAGACUCUCAAUUAUACAGCGACCUGGACGACGCCCCCAAAUGUUACGUCAAAGACCGUUACCUCCUAAGAUGCUCCGACGGCGUCACCGUCGACCUGACCGUUCCCGACAUCGUCAACAGGGUGGAACUGUCCAACGUCACCUUUUUGGACGGUUCCAAGCUUGACGCCUCCCACCUUAGGAGCCUGAAAUGGAGGCUAAGCGGGCUCAAAGACGUACGCGAAACCGUCACAAAUUCCAGCAGUCUCCUACAUCUAGACAUCUCACAAAACGACCUGGUAAAGCUGGUCGACUUCCACUUCGAAAGGUUCCCAAAGUUGACUGUGAUGAACCUCUCAAACAACCACAUCGACGACGUCCAAAGAACAACCUUCCAGGGAUUGGAUCUCAAAGAGCUAUACCUCUCCCACAACUCCCUAGUUGCCAUACCCUUCCAAGUGUUCCAUCCUAUGCAUAACCUCAAGAUACUGGAUCUGUCGUACAACAGAAUCGUCAAGAUAUUGGAUCAUUUCUUCAAGUACAAUCGGUACGUGGAGAUCUUACUCCUGAACAAUAACAAGUUGGCGAAUUUCACUUCCAACGCCUUGGCCGACUUGCAGAGCCUACACUGUCUCGACAUAUCUCACAAUUCCAUCCAGUACUUCUCCAAAGGCAUUUUCGAUUCCUUAAUAAACCUGGAGUUUUUGAACGUUGCUCACAACCCAAUCGUCAAUAUUCCUAGCGGCACCUUCAGGGGUCUCCGUAGACUGAAGUCGCUGGAUCUCAGCGGUACCCAAAUCAGCAACUUCCCCUUCGGACUGCUCCACUUCAGCCCCGAACUGCAGAGCCUGACAGUCGACGAAACCAACAUCGAAGAGUUCCACAACAGCGAACUGCUGGGCGUGCCGAGGCUACGAAAACUGAACGUCAGACGUAACAAGAAGCUCAAGAAGAUCGAGAGUUACAUCUUCUCGGACACCCCGCUCAUCGAAGAACUGGAUAUAAGCGGGAACGGACUAACGUUCUUGCACGAGUCCAUCGCCAAUCUCACGCACCUAAAGUACCUGAACAUAUCGAACAAUCCUUGGGCGUGCGACUGCCGUAUGUUUUGGUUCGCGCCCUGGGUCGAGAGUAAGAAGAAGUCUAACUUAACCCUGUCCGAUCUAAGCUGCGGUCCUUACGCUUAUCCUAACGACAUGAUUCCCACUCUCCAACAUCUAAACUGUACCGCUCCAUACAUGACCUUCAAGACGCCCACCAUGCAGUACCGGCUCCGAUCCAACGCCCUACUCGAGUGCAAAUACUCCGCCAAUCCUCCUCCUUCCAUUACGUGGAUCACUCCCACCCGAGAAGUGUUCCAUUGGAACCCCGAUCCUGCCAUACCUGAUGUUUUCGAAAAACACCCUCACGCCCACGAUAAGCUGAUGGUGCCCAUGAGGGUGAUACCGCCCAGGAUACAGGUCCUGGACAACGGCACCUUACUCAUCAAGAACGUCACCAGGAGCGACUGCGGGAGGUACAUUUGCUACGCCAGCAACCCCAUUGCCAACACCACAGACAACGUGCUGCUACAUAUCGAUCCGGCCGACUGGAACUAUGUGAGAAUCAUCAGUUUGCUUGUGGGCGCGCAGUGUGCAUCUGCAUUUUUGGCUCUCACCCUCAUCAUUCAGUUCCUACGCUACUUGAUCAGAAGGUUCGGCCUGUUCAACAACUUCUGCAGCUUCUACAAACGGGACAGAGUGUCGCCGAGGGCUAAGCAGAUUUACGCCAUGCUGGAAAACAUCGAACAGUACAAGUCGCAACAACUCGAGAGACUCAGGGACAACUACGCCCAGCAGGUGUCUAGGAUCAGGGAAAACUGCAACCAGCAGAUGGAGUGGAUACAGAACAGCUAUCAUUCGCAGACUAAGCACCUCAAAGACUUCAGGGAUAUCAGUUCUGCCCACAUUACUACGCUAAGGGGACAGUACCAAGACCAGGUCAAAAAGGUCAGGGACUACUCGACCAGCCAGCUGAACUGGGUGAGGGAGAACUACGUGUUCCAGAGAAAUAAGAUCCGCAAAUUCUCCUCCCACAAGGUGCUUCAAAUCAGGGAAACCUACAAGUACCAGCAGCAGACCCUUAACAAGGUCAUAGAGAACCUACCCAGUCUUUACUUCGAGAACUGCAGGGCGGGGCCUUGCGGUCGCGCUGAAUCCUUGGUGCUGGACAACAAUGAAGUGGAGAGUCUGGAUUCUUACAUCAAGGCCAAGAUCGAGAAACUGGCGCAGCUAGAAGACAUAAACACCGAGCUGAACCAGAGCAGGUUGUCGCUCUACUACACCCCGACGGAGAGGUCCCUGGCCUCCAAGACUACCUCGCCAGUUUCGCCGCCACCCGGUAUACACAUCAAUUACAUCCAGGACAGGCCGGAUCCGCUGUACCUGGAGCAGCCGUGUUCUUCCAGAUCGGUCCUGAUGCAGGACCUCGAGUUCUCAAUGAUGAACAGCCAGGGGCAGAAGCAUCAGCAGGACGACUUCCUGAAGGAGGAUGUGAAAUUGCCGGAGGUGAAGUUGCCGAAGGUCGAGAGUCACGCGACAAGGACGAGGAACGCGAAGGUGAGGUUCUUCACGGAGGUAAUGGAACCCGCGGAGAACGUGGACUCGUCCGAGUCCUCUGCACCGCCUCCGUACAAGGACAACGACACAGAUUUGGAUGAGGACUCUGCGAGACUCGAGACGGUGCUGUAGUAUGUUUCGCCGUUUAGUGAAGCUGUGAUAUGAGGUAUUUAUUGACCGUCGCAGUGUAGAAUCCGCGAGCGCUCUCUAGUGCCAAGCAAAUUAGUUCGUUUCUGUGACCACAAGAUGGGGGCGCCGGCUAGCCGUAACGGUGACUCCCUAGUCAAUCGAGAUCGAAGACUGAUGCGCAGUUCGAGUCGUGUUUUUUUCUCUCCAGACACGCUGCUUCCAAGAAGACGCAACUAAAGCUUCUUGUUGUAACUCUUUAGGCUAAUUGACACACAUACACACAACCCGUUUCUAGAGAAGUUUGUAAAUAAUCGGUAGUUCAUUUAGUUUCGAUCUGGUGUUUCGAAUCCUCGUGAAUAUUCCUUAAUUUUAUUUCAAUUUUUUUUUAAAUCGUGUGUUGCGGUAUUGUCUACACUGGUAUUUAGGGACUUAAGCGGGUACCAAAUAAGAAUAAACACUAUUUUUCAAUAAAGAUGAUAUAACUUUUAGAAUUUUGUGUGUAUACUUGGUUUUCACUCCGUAUAUAAAAAAGCUAUUGAUGAAAUGGCGAUAGCAGAGUAGCUGCUGGUUUUUCCAUUGUAACGGCACUCUUUCCAAGAUCUUUCGGAAUUUCCGUUUCCUUUUUUAUAAGUUGUAUAAUUAGGGAUAUAAUAAUGAUGAAUUUAGACUGUUAUAUUUUCUGAAUAUUAUUCUUAUCCAAUAAAACGUUGAAUGGUU